AUGAUUUUUCGUGCGGUCGUUCGCUUCAUCUGUGUCCGCUUCACUAAGUACGUAGUACUUGGUGACGACGUAGUGAUCGCUGACAGUUCUGUUGCUAAAGUCUAUGAGGCAAAUCUUCAUCGACUGAAUGUUAGUAUCAGUUACCAAAAGUCUCUGAUAUCUGACUCGGGAGGUGCUGAGUUUGCGAAGCGAUUUAGAGUGAAAGGGCUUACCAAGGACUUAAGUCAGGGUUGGAGGGAUGGGGUACCGAUAACGGUCUCGCUUAGAGACUGUAGGUCCGCAAAGGCUGAACGUCUCUUCGUGAUGUGGAAUAAAGCUCUAUUUGGUCAUGGCUGUCUAGAGCUGUGGCUAGGCCGAGGCCUGCCCUUAAGCCCAUAUCUUCGAGGUGUCAUCAUCCAACUGUUAAGGAAAGAGAUGAAACCACAAGAUUCAAAAUCCAGGUGCACUUUUUUCUUACUCCUGGGGUCAAAGACUUCCUUGAGUGGUCAAUGCUUCUUGCAUGGAUGCGGGAAUGGCUGCGUUAUUGUCAUUGGUACUAUGGUACUGGAUCCAUGGGUAUCCAUUAAGGCCUUCUUUGAUGUGCCAGUUGUGAAUGUGAAAUGGAAGGCUAAUCGGAAGAGCGUUGAGCUCGUUCGAUUCGGUCUUCUAUGGAAGAUUUUUGAUUUGGUGGGUCAAUUAGGUGUCUCUUUUAGGUGUCUGAUCCUAGAAGAUUCAUCUGGAUCAGAGAGAUCUGGUCCAUGGUUUCUUGGUGGACUUGAUGGCACGUCUUUCUUGGUCUCGCCUUUCGGCCUUUUCCAACCGAAGGCGGCUCCUCUCUCAGAAAGACGUCAGAGACUGUACUGCCAGAUUAUCAGGAGCUUAGAGGCGAGGUUCAUCUUUCUCUCAAGUAAGAAGAGUCAAAGGAGNGUUCCUCUCUUAGAAAGACGUCAGAGACUAUACUGCCAGAUAAUCAGGAGCUUGGAGGCGAGGUUCAUCUUUUUCUCAAGUAAGAAGAGUCAAAGGAGGCAGAAAGUAGAUCUAGUCAAUCUAAGACUGUUUCAAGAGUGGUGGAGCCCUUUGUUGUGGGAAGAGAAUUGUCACAGGGCGAUAGUUCUCAACAGUGUACAAGGUUCAACAGUACGAAGAAGGAGUCGACUGGUCAACAUUCACAACAAGGACGUACAGGAGAAGACGAAGGUCCUUCACAGUUGA